UGCAGCAAAAGCCACUUCCCAAACGGGAAAGUACGGAACUGUCUUAAAUGCGUUUUACUUUCAUUUUCGCUUUUGAUGCGCAGCAGCUUCUUUGUGUCGAGUCGAGUAAAGAAUUCUACAUAUUCUUUCCUCCAGAUUAGAUUUCAGGCUUCAAAACUUUAUUUAAACUUGAGAGUUCACGUGGAGACACAACAUGGCUGCUAAGGAUAUUCCACUGGCGUCAAAGAAACAGGUGGAUGAUUUCUGCCAGAAACUCACCAAAGAGGCAGAGCAGCUGGUUGCAGUUUAUUUCCCUCAGAAGAUUGAAGAGCUCCAGACACUACUGAAGAGUUCUUCCUGCCAUGCCGACCCAGAGUCCUUAAAGGCUCCGCUGGACAUCCCGAUGCCUGACCCUGUGAAAGAGGAGGCCAAACGCAAGAAGAAGAAGGAGGAGGCGAAGGCAAAGGAGGGGAAGAAAGAUAAGGACAGCGAUGAAGACGAAGAUUCAGAGCCUCCCUGUGGUCCCAUCUGCAUCAAUGGGCGAGUGCAGAGUCUCCUGCAGGCGGUCAAGCCUGAGAUCCAGACACUGAAGGAGAAGCUCAACACGGUGUCAAUGUGGGUGCAACUCCAAAUCCCUAAAAUUGAAGACGGGAACAACUUUGGAGUGGCUGUGCAGGAGAAAGUGUUUGAGCUGCUCACCAACACACGCACCAAGAUCGAGGGAUUCCAAACUCAGAUUUCAAAAUAUUACAGUGAGAGAGGUGAUGCUGUGGCCAAAGCCUCCAAACAACCCCACGUGGUCAGUACCCUGUGUUGUCUUGAUGAACUUUAUUCUUGUAAUAUUAUGACUUUAUUUAUCUUAACUUACGACUUUCAUCUCUUUAUAUUAUAACUUUAUU